CCCAGACAUCAAUCUGAAAAAUGACGUCGCGAGUCGUCACCAUCUUUUGAGGAUAUUCGCAUUUUAUUUUUUUGGUUAGCAAAAGACGGUGGCGACGAAGCACUCCAUAAUACGCAUUUUGUUGGCGAUAUCGUUGUGUUGUUGUGUUUUCUUGGACAAUAAUAUACACAGAAAUGGGUGACGAAAUGGAUCCUUGCGAAUGCAUCUGGAACCACGAGUUGGCAAUGCGGCGACUGAUCUCUCUGCUUCGACAAGGGCAAUCCUACUGCACUGACACAGAAUGCCUCGACGAGAUGAGCGGCUUGCCGGCGCCUGAGUCGGCCGGCAACAGCUUCCUGGUGAUGUUCGCGAUGAUGGCGCUCGCCGUCGCCAUGUACAUGCUGCGCCCGAGGCGCCGCCAGUUGCCCGAAGCCAACAAGCCUCCGCGCAAUUCACAGGAUCACGACGGAGCUCCGCCGACGCCGCCAAGAAUUUAAUCGUAGACGGGACCCGGACAUCGACCUCUUUCAUAUAAAAUAUGAACCUAAAAGGUUUUCCACAUGAAAGUCCAAAUAUUUGCCAAUAAUUUUAUAUGAAACGGGCCCGAAAUACCCGACUACCAUACCGCGAUCAUAGUAAAGGGCUAAGAUCCGAGCGUUUUGACUGUGUAUUUUAUUUCCUCAUCGUCAACAUAUUGGCGUAACUUAGCGUUAGGGGAUUCAGACUUGUCUUGGUGUGGCUCUAUAUAAAGAGUAGGUAAACACCAAACAAUAGUAACUUGACCAAUAACGAAGCAGCACGUGAAAAACGCCGAAUAUUGACCUUAACUGAACCGCUAUGUAUAAAAUAUCUAUUCAUACAAGACCUUGAUAUGAAAGGUCGAUAAUAUUCCCUUUAAAAAUAAAUAGAUCUAACUUCCUUAGUUAAAUGUUUAACCGGCGGACUAAAUGUUUAAUACAUUCAACAGUUUCAUUCCAUUAUAGAUUGUAUUUAUUGACUUCAUGAUUUCCUGACAUUUUUAGUUUAAUGUAGCAAAAUAUCGAAUAUUGUAAUCUGUCUCUAUGUAAAAGAAUAAGCUCAUUAUUUGGGAUGAGUUCUAAUAAAUUUGGCAGUUGUUUUAGAUAUGAUAAGCUAAAACAUUAAAAAGUGUAGUCGCCUUAAUUUUUACGAGGAAAUUCAGGGAAUCUUGCCAAUUUCCGGUGCUUCAUUCUUCAUAAAACCAGCAGAAGUGUUGAAUGUCACGUAAGUCUGAAAUGACUUGCAAUUUGAAACUAAAGUAAUACAUGAAGGUGUAUUUUUACAUGCACUCAUCAUGUUUAAAAGGUCUCCUUGCAAUUUGUAUGUAUGAAAAAAUAGGUAGCUAAAUCGCUACGAAAAUCAGCACCUUUCUUAUUAUAAUGUUUUUCGCAAGAAAACACGAAGGGCGCUCAUUGGCGUGCUCGACGUUGUAUAUUUUAUUUAGGUCUGACUUUUAUGUAGAAUAUAAGACGAAAAAUACCUAUAUUAUAUGUUUAAAAAGUUUUAAGUAAUCAUCUGUAUUCAGAUAAUAUUUAAUCUAUUUUAUUUUAAAUUAUGCAAAUGUGUGUCGAAGUUUAGUCAAAGGUCCCACUUUGUCGCUUACCAUAAGGACCAGGUUUGCUUGUAUCUUUAUAAGUUUAUAUGAAUAACCUGUCAAAGCGUCCUUUCCUUAUGGCAAGCGACAGUGGGACUUUUUGCUUGGAAACGACACAUAUAAUGCUUAGUUAUAUUGGGUGGGUUUCGUGUCUUUAUCAGUUUAUCACUAUUGCUAAUAAUGUCAAGACACCAAUGGAGAUUUUUAUUGAUAUUAUGAAAAAAUAAAUAAAACAACU